AUGGAGUAUGAUGAAGUGAAGUUGCUCAUAGCUCAGGAAUUGGACCGUAUCCGCCCUGGUGUGGCGGUCCGUUUGAGGCCUUCUACCGGCCGGAGAAAAAAUGAAAUAGGUGUGGUGUUCUCCCUCCACGGCAAUGGGAUGGCUGUAGUCGACUUCCUUGGGAACUGGGGUUACGAAUGCCCCACAUUCGACUUGGAAGUGGUGGAGGACCCUUGCGCCAUGGAAGUGGAGAUCAUCAGCACGCUGAGUGAAUGCUUGACCUGGGAAGAGCUUUUCAAUGCGUCGAACCAUCUCACUCCUCCUGAGUGA